AUGGUGUACAAUGGCCACUCAAAAAGUAAUUAUCAAUACCUAAAGAGAGAAAGGUUAAUCAUACCUUGAUCAUUGCUCACAAUUUUGCCGGUUUAAUAGCCCUGCGAAGGUGUUGAGACGCCGACCUAUCUUCUGCACCGCACUGUUCGACCCCAGAACUUUCAUGGUGAGUGUGUGACCGUUCGUCCCCAGUUCGAGGUUAUCGACCUUCUCUCUCUCCAAAACUCUCUGAACUCUGAAGGUUCUUGGUUGAAUGGAGAAGACGGUGGCAAAGCUGGAGAUCGGGUCCCUCUCGAUGAUUUUUCGUUCCGCCACUCCACAACAGGUCGGCCCUUUUCGGAAUCCCAGGUAGUUGUUGAGCUGUGGCGGGCGUGUUUCAUGAAGAUGGAGAAAAGUUAAAUAGGAUAAAAAAAAUAUAUUAGAGAAUAACCUAAAAAGUGACAGUAAUUUGGUCUCUCAAAUACCAAAUUAAUUGCGUAUAACUUGUCAAAUACAGUAUGUGUUAAAAGUGACAGUAAUUUGGUCUCUCAAAAAUUACUCAAAAGUUAAUUUUUUUUUUUCGUAUAUAUAUAGAUUGAUGAAAAAAGAAUAUAUGUAUUGUGAUAUAUACCAUCAUGUUUUUUUAUUUUGGGUGUCAAAAAAUAAUAAUAAUAAAAAGUGUUUGCAAAAUUAUAACUAAAAGGUUAAGGGAAUACAAAGUGUGUUUUUUGUCGAUCUUAAAAAAAAAAAAAAUUAUUGAAGACAAAUAGAAGAACGCACAGGUAUAUUGCUUUUAAGAUGUAUGAGAGACCUAAGUUGGUCACCGUUGAUAAGGCUAUGCUCCAAUCCUCGCACCAUUGGUAAAGUAAAGAAAAAAAAUUUAUUAUAAGAAUGAAAUUUAAGAAAUAAAUCAUGAAAUGAUUAUUUUUGAUAUUUCAUUUUUAAAUUUAAUAAUUACUUAUAAAAAAAAAAAUCACCCAAAAGAACAAAUUUGAUCGCUAAAACUUAAUUUUCCUAUAUACAAAAUUGAUGGUUGUCUUAGCAGUGGGACCAAGAUGCAACAUUAUUCAUUGAUUUUCUACACAAGGUGAUGGAUCUUUCAAAUGCCUACGUGAAAUCAUUGCUUGGGAAGUCUUCCGUGUUCGACCUCCUGACCCAUCUGCUGGAGCUCCGACACAGAGCUCCAUAUGAGAAGACCGGAGGAUGGGUAUCCAUUUUUAACGGAUACAUUCGGGCCAUUAACAAUGACCAUUCAAUCUGAUUUCACACUGAUAAAAAAAAAUAAUAAAAAAAUCUGAUUUCACAAGGGCUCUGUCUUUGUCUUUUAUUUUAUUUUUUUUCCCGGGUCUAUUGGGCAAUUCAUUGUUUUGGGUUCUCCACUCAUUGACUCUCUAAAAUAUAAAAAAAUAAAAUAAAAAAUGUUAGAAUAAUGCAAUCAAGUCUCACAUUGAUUACGUCAUCUUCUUGUUUAGCUUUUUAAGAAGGAAAAAUUACAUAUAAAUGGAGUCAAAGUUUCAUAUUUACUUAGAGACUGAGUCAAAGUUCCAUAUUUCUCUAAAAUGGAUUACUGAGGUGGCACAUGGUUUUUUACUGUUUAAAAAAUUGUGGUGCCUAAAAUGCCCUUUCCUAAUAAAAAAGUAGUACCUUCAGUUCAAAAAAGUAGUACCUUCAGUUCAAAAAUGUAGUACCUUCGGAGAAAAAGUAGUACCUUCGCGAGUGUUUAAAAAACAUGGUACCUGCACGCCAAAAAGUAGUACCUUCAGUUCAAAAAAGUAGUACCUUCGAAGAAAAAGUAGUACCUUCGCGGAAGGGUAUUUUAGGCAUUAUAAUUUCUAAACAGUAAAAAACCAUGUGCUACCUCAGCAAUCCAUUUUAGAGAAAUAUGGAACUUUGACUCAGCCUCUAAGUAAAUAUGGAACUUUAACUCCAUUUAUAUGUAAUUUUCCCUUUUAAGAAAGUAGAUAAACAGAGUUCUAAAGGGCAGGGACUUUUUCUUGCCUUUGAAAAAAAAAAAGGCUGGGACUUUGAUUUUUUUUUUUUUUCUUUGAAAAUUCAAAGAUGAUAGACCGGCAUCUAAAUUAUACAAUAUUUAGUAUAUAUAGAGAAGCUUGAGCAAAGAAUUUUCAACUGUGGGUUACCCUUCAACCCAGUUACCGGGUGAGGCUUUCCGCCACCCAUUUCUUUGGUUCAAAGUUGUCUGCACAACACCCGCGAAAAAAAAAAAUGUACAGUUGACUUCACACCUCAGAUCUUCAACAACAAGAAGCACUCAACAGAAUUACUGGACUUGGCAUGGUACGUACAAGCUUAAUGACUCUUCUUCUAAUCCUUGUUCUCAUAUUUUAUUGUUCUUGUAAUAUAGAAUUUUGCACUGCCAUAGACACAAUUACAUCAACUCAACCCAUCAAUGACCCUGAAACUAUUGUCUCCAAUGGUGCCACCUUCAAACUGGGAUUUUUUAGCCCUAGUGUUAAUUCUACUAACCGGUAUGUUGGUAUCUGGUACAACCACAUCUAUGCCAAGGCUGUGGUAUGGGUUGCGAAUAGAGAUAACCCUCUUAAUGAUUCCUCUGGGGCUAUGACAAUAUCCAAGGAUGGCAAUCUUGUGGUCUUGGAUGAACAGAAACAGAUUGUUUGGUCAUCAGAUGUUCCAGAUUCUUUGGUGAAUUCAAGUGCUCAGCUUUCAGAUUCCGGGAACCUUGUCUUGCGAGAUGACUCCAAUGGAAGUAUAAUAUGGGAGAGUUUUGAACACCCUUCUGAUUCGUUGUUGCAGGGUAUGAAAAUUAGUACCAACAAGUUUACAGAUAAGAAGACUAAGCUGACCUCAUGGAAAAGCCCUUCAGAUCCAUCCACUGGAAGGUUCAGUUUUGGCAUCAAUCCUCUGAAUAUUCCAGAACUAUAUGUAUGGAAUGGAAGUCGUCCAUACUGGCGCAGUGGUCCAUGGAAUGGGCUGUUUUUUAUUGGCAUACCUCACAUAAAUGUUGAAUACUAUGCCAAAUUUGAAGUUGUAGAUGAUAAAGAAGGAACCGUAGAUGGAAGUUACACUAAUCCAUAUGAGUCUUUUCUGUUAUACCUUGCCAUAACUUCUGACGGAACUCUAAUUCAGAAGAUUCAGGAAGAAGGAAAGGAGACGUGGGAAAUUUCGUGGUUGGCUCAACAUUCUGAAUGUGACGCCUAUGGCAAGUGUGGUCCUUUUGGAAGCUGCAAUGUGCAGCGUUCACCAAUUUGCACAUGUUUACAAGGAUUUGAUCCAAAGGAUAUGGAGGGAUGGAGUAGAGGAAAUUGGACUAGUGGAUGUGUAAGGAGGAGACAAUUGCAGUGCGAGAGAAACAACAGUGGUGGUGAAAAGGGCAAAGAAGAUGGGUUUCUGAAACUAAAGACAGUGAAAUUGCCGGCCUUUGCUGAGUGGCUAUUUGAUUCAGAAGACAAGUGCAAAAACCAGUGCUUCAAUAAUUGUUCUUGUAUAGCUUAUGCAUAUUAUAGUGGCUUCGGUUGUAUGCAGUGGAGUGAAGACUUAAUUGACAUACAGGAAUUUUCCAAUGGUGGGGCAGAUCUUUACAUUCGUCUGGCAUAUUCAGAACUUGAAAAAAAGAAAAGCACAAAACUAGUUAUCACAAUUGCAGUGCUCAUAGGGUCAUUAGUCAUUGGAAUCUGUAUUUAUCUUUCCUGGAGGUUGAUGGCCAGACUACGAGGUACAUGGCCUUUAAAAUUUGCUCAAGAGAUUAGCACAUAUUACUGUUAUUAUAUAGAUUACCUAUUAUUAAAUUCUGAAUCAGUGGAUCCACAUCGUUCGAAUGAAAAUAUGCUUGGAGAUAAUCCGAACCAAAUUAAACUUGAAGACCUACCUUUAUUCAGUUUCGAGGAACUGGCAAUUGCAACAGACAAUUUUGAUGUGGCCAAUAAGCUCGGGCAGGGUGGUUUUGGUCCAGUGUACAAGGGAAAAUUGUCAAGCGGACAAGAUAUAGCUGUCAAACGGCUUUCGAGAUUCUCUGGACAAGGGCUGGAGGAGUUUAUGAAUGAGGUUGUGGUAAUUUCCCAACUCCAACAUCGCAAUCUUGUUAGACUUCUUGGUUGCUGUGUGGAAGGAGAAGAAAAGUUGUUGAUCUAUGAAUACCUGCCACAUAAAAGCUUGGAUGCAUUUCUCUUUGAUCCAAUCAAGAAAAAUUUCCUAGAUUGGAGAAAACGUUCUAGCAUUAUUGAAGGGAUUGCUCGAGGACUCCUUUACCUUCACAGAGAUUCUAGAUUAAAGAUUAUUCAUAGAGAUCUAAAGACGAGUAACAUUUUGUUGGACGAAAAUUUAAAUCCAAAAAUUUCAGAUUUCGACAUGGCAAAGAUUUUUGGAGGCAACCAAGACCAAGCCAACACUAGAAGGGUUGUUGGAACUUAUGGUUAUAUGGCCCCUGAAUAUGCAAUAAAAGGGAGAUUCUCGGAAAAAUCUGAUGUCUUUAGCUUUGGAGUUUUGUUAUUAGAGAUUGUAAGUGGGCAAAAAAUCACUAGAUUUUAUCAUGAUGAAGAAUCCUUGAGCCUUCUAGGAUUUGCAUGGAAAUUGUGGAAUGAAGAUACGAUUUUAAGGCUUAUAGAUCCAGCAAUUUGUGAUCCAUGCUUCCAAGUGGAGAUCUUGAGAUACAUACAUGUAGGACUGUUGUGCAUCCAAGAUUUCGCCACUGAUAGGCCACCUAUGUCUACUGUUCUUUCCAUGCUUAGUAAUGAAAUUGCAAAACUUCCAACUCCAAAGCAACCUGCAUUUACUGAAAUACAAGGUGUCUCAAAUAUACACUCUUCUCAACCGAGCCAAGGGAGAUAUUCUGGGAAUGAUGCAUCUGUUUCAACCAUUGAAGGCCGUUAGCAUGCAAAUUCUUGUGAUUUUUCUCUUAUUAUUAUCCCUCGAGUACACUUUAAAUUGAACAUACAAAACCUGUGAAACUGGUAGAGCACCUGUUUUUCAAUUGCAAUCGUGCUCAAAAUAUGUGGAUAUGGUUUGUGGAUCUUUUUAAUUGGGAUUGUAUUUCAGUGGGAAAAUUUGGUCAAGCAGUUAAAUGAUUAAUGUACCAAUCUGAUGUGAAAUCUCAGAAAAGCAAAAUGUGAGACUGAUUUUUACUCUGUUACUGUUUGGCCCUUUUGGCCUUAUUUAUUUAUUUUUUUUACACUUUA